UCACCGCCAAAGCAGAACAGAGCAACAAGAGAAGAAGACAUGGCAAAAUCUCCACAAACUGAACUCCCUCUCAAAGCUUUUGGUUGGGCUGCUUCAGACACUUCUGGCAUCCUUUCCCCUUUUCAUUUCUCCAGAAGGGAAAAUGGCGACGAUGACGUCACUCUCAAGAUUCUUUUUUGUGGGGUUUGUCAUUCUGAUCUCCACACUGUCAAAAACGAUUGGGGUUUCACCACUUACCCUGUUGUUCCUGGGCAUGAAAUUGUUGGUGUUGUGACAAAAACUGGAAAUAAUGUGACAAAAUUCAAAGUAGGUGAUAAAGUUGGAGUUGGUGUAAUAGUAGAUUCUUGCAAGGCAUGUGACAGUUGCCAACAGGAUCUUGAGAAUUACUGUCCCCGACCUGUGUUUACCUAUAACUCUCCUUAUAAUGGUACACGAACUCAAGGUGGUUAUUCUGAUUUUGUGGUUGUUCACCAGCGUUAUGUGCUCCAAUUUCCUGAAAACUUACCCCUUGAUGCUGGUGCUCCAUUGCUGUGUGCUGGCAUUACUGUGUAUAGUCCAAUGAAAUAUUAUGGGAUGACUGAGCCUGGCAAACACUUGGGAGUGGCAGGGCUUGGUGGGUUAGGCCAUGUUGCAAUCAAAUUUGGUAAGGCAUUUGGGCUGAAAGUUACUGUCAUUAGUACCUCCCCAAACAAGGAAGCUGAGGCCAUUCACAGACUUGGGGCUGAUUCUUUCCUUGUUUCCUCAGACCCUGCAAAAAUGAAGGAAGCUAUGGGAACCAUGGACUAUAUCAUAGAUACAAUUUCUGCUGUUCAUUCUCUGAUUCCACUGCUAGGCCUUCUGAAGCUGAAUGGGAAGCUAGUCACUGUUGGGUUGCCUAGCAAGCCGCUUGAGCUGCCCAUCUUUCCAUUAGUUGCAGGACGGAAGCUGAUAGGGGGAAGCAACUUUGGAGGGCUAAAGGAGACUCAAGAAAUGCUUGAUUUCUGCGGAAAGCACAACAUAACUGCAGAUAUUGAGCUUAUUAAGAUGGACCAAAUAAACACUGCCAUGGAAAGGCUUAGCAAAGCUGAUGUCAAGUAUCGCUUUGUCAUUGAUGUGGCUAACUCAUUCUCAAGUUUGUAGAAAGCCAAAGCCACCUUUAUUCUCCAACUCUUGGCAUGCCAUGCGAGGCCUUAAAUGUCUCGGUAUUUUGGGAUUAUUUUAAAUUGCUAUUAGAUGCGCAACUUUAUAUACGAGAACAUCCUCUCGUCGAUUAAAUUACUUUGGGUUUUGAAUUUUAUUUUAUUUUCCCUCUUAUCAUUUUGAAGUCCUAGACUACGUACGCCUUUUCCAUUUUGGGAGUGAAUCUAAGUCGGCCAUUCAAAGUUUUUAAUGCUACCGACAUUUUACCAUCAAAUUAAUUUUUCAAAUAUUUAAAU